CAGGUCAAGUUCUGUAGGCUUGAAAAAUAGUAAACAUCCAGACUAGGAGAAAUUCAGAGCUUAGCAGGCACAAGACCUUUGUGGCUUGGUCUGAUUGUGAAGAAAGAGAAGAAGGAAAAAUCAGAACAGUGGUAAUUCUGACAUGAAGAAGCUUCUGUUGAUUGAUCUUGAUUGUGGUGUUGAUGAUGCUCAGGCUUUAAUGAUGGCUCUGGCAAAUCCCAAUGUAGAAGUCCUGGGGCUUACUUGCACUUAUGGGAACAGCCUGUUGGAAAAUACAUGUAGAAAUGUGCUCCGUGUGUUACAAGUUUGUAAUAAGCUUGAGAUUCCAGUUUAUCCAGGUGCUUCUGCUCCUAUACUUGGCGGACCUGUUUCAGGGGCAUUGUUCCAUGGUAAAGAUGGAUUGGGUGAUGUUCCAGAUCCUAAUGCUCCAGGAAUAGAACUUCUGCAGAAAGAAAACGCUGUAACUGCAAUAUUAAGAAUAGUCAAUGAGCAACCAGGUCAGGUAUCUCUGGUUGCCCUCGGUCCACUGACAAAUAUCGCACUAGCAGUGAAAAUGGACCCAUCACUUCCCAAGAAACUUAAAAAUGUGUUUAUCAUGGGAGGAAAUACUGAAUCCAGAGGAAAUAUUAAAGUGUGUGGAGAAUUCAAUUUUGCAACUGAUCCUGAAGCUGCUUACAUUGUCUUAAAUGAGUACACCUGCCCAAUGUAUAUUGCAGCUUGGGAGUUCACCUGUGCCUGCUCACUGUCCUGGGAAUUCUACCAUGAAUGGGUAAAUCAGAAUACUAAGAAAGCCAUGUUCAUGAAGAAAAUAUUUGCUCAUUCUUUCAAAAUGGCAAAGCCUCACUUAGGUUUUGUUUCUUGCGACUCCUACGCUAUGGCUGCUGCCAUUGAUGAGAACUUUGUCACGGAAGUCACAGUAAUUGGUGUAAGUGUUGAGCUCAGUGGUUCCCUAACUAGAGGAAUGAUGGUAAUGGAUUGGUCUGACCAUCUGAAAAAGGAACACAAAGCAUUUGUAAUGAAAAACUGUGAUUUGGGGAAAUUCCAGGCACUUAUGAUGGCUGCUUUAAAAUGAAAUGGGCUUAUUGAGGUUCUGUUCCCAAUUGUUGAUGUUAAGUUACUCCUGCUGUGCAAACCAAGGUUUUCAUGAAACACUAAAAUAGCCUCCCAUGCAAAGGAUCAACAUAGACUCAUUCUACUUUUUCUGAAGAAUGUAAUAAUCUUUUAAUAUUUUUGCCAGCAUAAAAGAUAUACACUGAACUUAUUUUUUUCUUCUUUGGCACUACGAUUGUCUGAAUUCUGUUCACUGAGUCGUCUGUAGUCAUGAACUCUUCAGGAAAAUAAGAGUUAUGCAUCCCUGGGAAGGAUUCAUGAACCGGGCCCUUUGAGCAAACUCUAUACAUUUAAAUAAAUAAACUAACUAACUAAUGGCUCCAACAUGAUGUCUGUAUUCUCUCUCCUAUGAGGCACUACCAGAUGUUGCUACAGCUACCAUAUGAUCAAAAAUAAUUUUCUCUUAAAAAUGUAUGGCAAAAAACCCCUCAUAAAUCUCCAAAAAUAAUUCAUAUGGUCAAUUUUAAUGGAAAUACAGUAUUCAGUUUGCUUGUGUGUAAAGCAUUCAAAAAUAAUUUAUAAAAACUUUCUUAAAAGAGCACAUAAUAAAUCUCAGCAAAUACUUUGAUACACUCAAAUUCUUUCAUUCAGUACAAGUUAGAGAGUAGGAUAGGGCAGAAGGACUACUAUAUCAUGGACAUGCAUAUCCAUGAUAAUAUUGCCACAGAUAUCUUCCUGUUGUAAGGUCAGACUAGUAAACAUAGCAAUUUUCAGGAGAAUUAUGAUUCUGAGACUGAUAGUAUCUUCCCAAGAUAUAAAACACGAAGCUUGGUGUUACCCUAAGGGUCCUCAAAUGCUGGAAUCUCCCUCGCUUGCAGGAUGUGCGGCCUUGAGGAAUGAGUAGAGUUCCAGGAGCUCUGACAUUCGAAAGCAGGCCGUCCCCUUCUGCCCAAGACUUGGAUGGAUGAAUCUAUCUUUGGGGGGUGCUGUUCCAGUGGGUGGGGUCCUUAUGAUUCCAUAUGUAUAACUGACUGCCAGAUGUUGCUACAGCCACCAAAUGAUGUAUUAAUUUUUGCUAUACUUCUUGGGAUAUAAAUGCUUGUGUAAUAGUUGUCUUUUGCUUCCAUUGAGCUAAUUACUAUUUUCAAUAAAUGGUAUCAGCGUUAGAAGCAUAUUCCAACUGAAAACUAAUCUCUGUUAAUAAACUAAAUGGCAACAUAAAUAGUAUGUGUUUUUCAAUUAGAAAAACACUUCUCUUAUGCACUUUUGCUCUAAUAAUUAUGGUGAUAUUAUUAUUACUAGCCACAGAGAACACCCAACAAGAGGUAAUGACACUGUAAUUAUUGUGAGGAACUAUUAUUAUAUCAAAGUGAAUGUUAUUAUGACCCAGGGCACCAAGAUAAUCAAGGUAUGCUAUCAGGAAAUAUGGAAGACCUAAGCUGCUCUAAGAACUCUUUUCUUUGAAAUCAUUGUCCUUUCACAACACAACAUGAUUUGUAUUUCUUGAGCAGAAUACGCCAAAUACGUCCUAUCACUUACUGAAAUCCUUUCCAAUCCCACUGUUUCCAAGAAGCGCUCAGAACAAUUACCUAUUCACCAUAUCCACUCUUGCAGGAAAGCUUAAGAAUCACAUUUAUCCAAAAGGAAAAUCACCCUGAACUUAAGAAUGUAAGAAAGACAUAGGACUGUAUCAGGCAAACAGCCCUUCUCAAGUAAACAAUGAAUCUUCAAAGUCCUCCCUACACUGCAGCAGAGAUAUUUGCAGCCAUUUGAAUUUCUUGCUCAUCCUUUUCUUUUCAACAGCUUUCUAUUUUUGUUAGAUAAAUCUCUUUCUUCCACAUUCCCAGACCAUUAUUUGGGGG